CUGAGUUCUGCACCCCUGCUGAGCAGCUCCACUCCCCCUUUCGCUUGUUGUUUCCGAGGUGGAGCCUGACACCCCGACUUUACCAUCCCUACUGCCAGCACCAGACGGAGAAAGGACCGGGACCAGCGGUCGGUUGGCGCAGAUUUGGGACGCAGAUCGGGGAGGAAGGAAGUAAGAAGGGAAGGAAGGACAGGGGGAGAUUAGUGAGAGCGCUUCGGUUCAUCACCUUUAGAAAUUAAGUCUUAACGGAACAAACGGACGAGGAAAAAUGAACAAUUUCAUCCUGAUGUCGAUUUUUGCCACGGUUAUCACCGGAAAGUCACCCCGACUGAAAUUUGUAGUGCACGAGCCACCCAGGUUCCACUUUGACAAACCUGAGAACUACAUCAGCAUGUACCACCAGGAAGGAAGUGAUACACUCUACGUGGGGGGUCAGGCCAUGAUCUACGUGAUGAAUUUUACAGACAGAGGGGUGGACUACCUGCAGAUCCCAGCGGCAUCAGAUCAGACUGCAAUUGAUACCUGCAAGGCGAAGACUGCACCGCUUGAGAUGGAGUGUGAUAAUUUCAUCACCGUCCUCCAGAAAGUAAAUGACACAUUCAUAGUAUGUGGGACAAAUGCUGGAAGCCCCAGAUGUUGGAUGCUGGUAAACGACUCAGUGCUGACAGAUGUCCACGGUGCUGGGCACAUAGGAUCACCCUCUGACAUCUCACCACCCUACCCUUCACAGAGGUCAAUCAACUUGCCUGCAGAUGGGAGUCUGUAUUCUGCCAUGUCGUCGGUGGGAGGUCAUCCUGGCUCGAUCCGUCGAACAUUUGGCUCACAGAAACUCCUGAAGACGGAGAACAUUUGGCUGCUGAAUGCACAAUUUGCUGGUGCAGCCAUAAUCCCUUCCUCCGAAAAGUUCAAGGAGGAGAUCUAUUUCUUCUUCACUGAAUUCAACAAAACGACCAGGGUGGAUGAGGAGCCAUACAGGGCACGGAUUGGACGAAUCUGCACGGUGGAUGAAGGUGGCAUCAAACCCGUGCUGGCAGACUCUUGGACCACCUUCAUGAAAACCCGGGUGAUGUGCGGUGCAGGAAACACUCAGCUGCAGUACAACAACAUGAAGCAGGCAGUGGUGCUAACAGCUCAGGACAAGAGGGCAGGGGUCAUGUAUGGCCUUUUCUCCAACGCAUGGGGCAGAACAGUUAUCUGCGCCUACUCCAUCGAAGACAUUGACCAAGCCUUUUCCACCUCUAAGCUGAAAGGCUACAGCACACCAUUUGUUGGCAGUCGACCUGGGAUGUGUGCCGUCAAAAGCCCUUCAGCAGCAGAAAGUCCAAACAUCAUCAAAAACCUUGGAGUGAUCAGAUACCACCCAGAAAUUGAGGAUGUGAUACAGCCUGUUGGCGUGGCUCCACUCGACCUCCCUACAGACGAUCAAAUCACCCACACAGUGGCCGACAUCGUCCUCGCAGUCAAUGAUGAGCACUACAGCGUUCUUUACCUGGGAACAGAACAAGGCAAAGUUCUCAAAGUUCUUCAUACCAGCGAGGAGGUCUUCAUCAUAUCUCAGUACUCCAUGUUUCACAAUGAAGGACCUGUUCUAAAGAUGGCCAUCGACUCUCAAAAGGGACACCUGUAUGUUGGUACAGCCAUGGAAGUCCAGCGAUUACCACUUGCGGAUUGCAAUCGCUAUGGCGACACAUGCAGAGAGUGCAUCCUUUCUCGGGAUCCAUACUGUGGCUGGGACAAGGCCAGGAGGAAGUGCAUCGCCAUCCCACCUGGAUACAACAACACUGCUGGGACACUUAUUCAGAAUCUUGAUGAUUCAAACUCAUCCAUCUGUGGAGAAGCUGCUGCUCUAAAGCAGCGUCGAACUUCGCCCAGGGAGGUUUUGGUGAAGGGAAGAAACACUACCGUGUUCCUCCCUUGUCCCGUGCACUCCUUCCACGCCACCUAUCGUUGGGAGAAGGACAACUGCAUCAUGAACUACCCCUGCCUCUUCUCUGGAGACUUUUGUGUCCUGGGACCUGUAGUGCACACACCCCUCAAGGAAGGUGUCUUCCGCUGCAUGGCUACUGAGGAUGGAUUCAAAGUGGAGGUUAUUUCCUUCAGGCUGGUAAACGAUGGCAGGCUUCUUUCUGCCUCUCUUGCUUCCACUGUGGGGCUGUCAGCCCUGUUCGCCGUGGCUAACCUGUGGCUUCAUUAACCACAACUAACAUUAAGGCUAACUCCUCAUUCUUAAUGGCUCCUACUGACAGAACGGCCAAGGACCCAUUGUGUAGGGUUAGGUUCGCAUCGCAAUGAUGUCCAUGGUUGGAUUGUUCACUGGUAAUUGACGUUUUUUUAUUUAGCUUUUUAAAGGAGAAAAAAUGGAGAGUACACCAGUGAAUACAAGAAAUUGAGAAAAAUCUAUAUUUUUAGCAUCAGCCAACAUAUCUGCAGCCACAGCUGUCUUAACAAGAUCAGAACUGUAAAAUCCACCCAUUAACAUGUAAUCUUAGGUGAUUAGGAGCUACUGGCCAUAAACUCUCGUGUCUUGCAAGUUCAAAUAUUCAACCAUAAUUUGGUGCUUUGCGAACCUUUCCUCUGUGACUGACUUAAAAAAAAAGAAAAGACAAACAUAUCUGAUGAGUUAAGCAAAAAAUAAAGACAAAACACCAAUACCAGUCCAAUUCUUUUAAACAUUCCUCUCUAUAAUUUGAAAUUGAAUUGAUUGUGCUUAUUUGUGGAUAUGUAAGCCUUUAUUAAAGCUCCUAUGUAUUCCUUCAUCUUGUUGUACUUCAUUAAUAUAGCUCAUUAGCAUCUAGAACAAUGUCUGGUAUUGAAAUUUAAAAAAGGCCUUAAAACUUCUGGGACAUACUCCUAAGCACAAUUUUGUAGUUGAGGCAGAGUACUGCGGACUCGUUUGGUGCAGUAAUUAAUGCAGCUGAGUUUAACAACAUGGCUGAGAGGAAGUGUGAGCUUUUUUUGACAGGAAGUAGGUGGAUGGGCAAUGUCUCCUGUUCGAACAUCACUGUGUCUCUGCACUUUCUCCUCAGACGUAGUUUCUUGCAACUUUAGGGCCAGAAUAUAUUUGCUGAAUAACAACGUGUUUAAAAUGGCUGCCACGCGUAAUUUGCAUUGGUUUAAAAUGCUGUUUGUGCACGUCCCCCAUUAUUAACAUGAGACGUCCAAACGCUGCAGUAUACAAGUAACCAGUAGGUAGAGUUGACAAACCGAGUGAGACACACUCACCAUGGGGACUCCAUCUCUGGUUUAGAGGUCUUUCGUACUUUCUACGAUCUCAACAUUAAACAGCUACUUAUCUCUUCUAUCGGUGCCAUUUAUUUUUUUGGUUGUACCCCACAAACCCGGUCAGAGUUCUCUAUUGUGCCCCUAGUGGAACACUCCAGUACUACAUUCAGUGCAGUGCAGCACAGCAGCAAGUAUGCUGUCUGCACCAGCAUGAGGUUAAAAAGCAAGUAUAUUCCAGCCCUUAUGGGCCAUUCCCAUCUGUACCGGGUCGGCCCGGGCCGGGUAGCCCCAGUCGGCCCCAGCCUGGCCCGGUUGAUUCCACACAUCCUUGUCUUAAGCCCAUGUGGGCUGAUUCUACCCACCAAUCAGAGGCUUGCUCUAAUGGAAGGUGUGAAUUUGCUGUCAGCAGUGGGUGUGUUGGCCCUGGUCGGCCUGAAGCAGACCCCCUCAAGAAGAGGGCUGAGAAUGAGCCUUGGUUGGCCCGGAAAAAUACCAGGCCACCCGGAUAUGAAAACAACCUACGCUACCCGGCCCGGGCCGACCCUGUACAGAUGGGAAUGGCCCAUUAGAGUAGAUUGCUCCAGAUGUCGUUUUUGCAUCUUGUUCACAACUUUGUCUAUUGUUCCCAUCUUUACAUGUCACCAACUUUCUUCAGAAUCUCUGACCUUUAAGUGCACGGUGUUCUAUGAAGAGUCAACAGUAACGAGCUGAAAUGAAACCAAAGGUUUUCAACUUGCUGAAGUCUGAAGUUGUGAACAAGGUGUUGUACUACAGCCAUUUUGGUGAAGUCAGGCUUAAAGUAACAACAGAGUCAAGUUGCAUUUUAAAAUCUGCCAGGAGAAAGAAAGGCUUGUAUUUAAAUGAAAAAGACUUAGACCGAUGAAGUGUGUUCUGGAUGUAUUCACUCCAAAUGCUGAUUUAUACCAUUGCUGCCUACAUAGAAGAAAAAAAAAUGACUCAUCAUUUAGUGCCAUAGUUUGACACCAUUUCCUGCUUUGCAGUAAAUAAAAAAUAGUUUUGUUUUAGAAUUCUUGUAUUUGUGCUGAGAACCAUGUUUGACCAAGUCAUGCUUGUGUUGAGACCUUUGUAUCUGUCCACUUGGUGGAGUUCAGUGAUUUUUAAAAAGUGUGAAGAGUUCAAUUUCUGCUUAAUUAUCUUACACUUGAACCAAUGGCGAUUAAAAAUCACAAUAUAAACAAACCAAAAUAAUCCUUCGUUCAGCAGAUGGAUCAGAAUUAAGCUGUUAAUAUUCCCUUAAAUGGUAAUCGUCAUACUGAAAAGGCAGAGGUCUUUCAUGAUGAAUUAUGUAUGGGAUUAGCAUGUCCUCUGGCAUUUUGGAAAUGAUCAUUCACUAAUUUUACAUAAAUCUAUCGUAGAUGAGCCUUCCACUGUGGUAGACGUAUCAUCAAUAGUUAAUGAGACAAUGGAGCCGGCUCAUUUCGUAUUAAAGAAUUGAUUUGAUGCCGGUAGGGAUAUGAGCAGUGAGCCCGCUUUCCACUGUGAAAAAUAAUAACAGCACAGCACUGUGGUUUUGAGUUUAGUGUGGUUUCUUUGGGACUGCUUGCAUUUUUUCUCCCGAUGAUGACCCACUGACUGCCAUAAAAAGAAAAGCAGAUAAAAAGAACAAAGCUUUGUUAAACCUCAUUCACCCGGUGCUUAUUGCCUAUUUUUAUGUUAAUCUGCCAAAUGCCUCAACCCUACAAAUAACAUUUUGUCUGUUAAAACCUGAUCGCUUUUACAACAUCGGUCUUCCUUACAGCCACAAACAUGCUAUACUUCAAGUCUAACAUGUCUCUCGUGUGUUUUCUGUCACCUGAAUGGAAAAUUCACUCUAUCAGCUAUAGUGCUGCUAAGUAUUCAGUAAAAGCUGCUUUUCUUGUUAAUGCAAGAGGGUUUUGGCAGCAGAAAACUCAAAAACCAAAUGAGUUCACAGCAUACGUACAAAUAACCUGUUUAUGUUUUACAUAUAUUUGCCAAGUGCUGUAUAAGCUGAUGUGAUUAGAUAAAGAAUGCUGUUAUCACAACACACAAUGACGGAAGCGCUCUUUGCUAGCCAAUUUAGAGAAUCAGCCUGGUGGCACGAAGUUCUCAGUUUUCACCAAGAUCACCAGAAAAAGAAAACCUGCUGUAUUAUUUAUUAAACAUGUGCCAGGUGGAACCUGUUUCAUCACCACCAGUGUUAGACAGAUAGAUCCAAACUUUAUUAUUCCCAAUGGGGCGAUUUGUCUUGCAGCCAGCGAAGAACAGUCACAGAGAGAUGAAAUAUACAAAUAUAUAACAUAACAUAACCACAACAUCCAUCGUGGGAACAGACAACAGGCUCUACAGUCGUAUUAAGGCCAAUCAGAUCAUAUUAUUAUUAUUAAAGUGACAGUGUGUAUGUUCUCAGGUGAUAGUGGGGCAGUAGAUACCUAAAUCACUGCAAGCAAACAUUAUUUUUGUGUUCAAAUAAGACCUUACAAACAGAUGGCCAUUAGGGUAACAAAUCACUGGGAGCAGAACCUCCAGCAAAACAACAGGAACAUCAGAUUCUCUUUCAUCACUGGCAACGAGUGAAGAGGUAAAUGUGUAAAACAACAUGUUUCUUAAUGGUGAAAGUUUUGUAACCAUUUGUUACAAAGCAGUAAAUGCAUUUUGUCCUCACAGACAUCCGUAGAAGGGAACAUGGCAUCCAAUAUGGCGUCGCCCCAAGACUUAGACCCACUCCCAUGUAUUUUAGACCAGAUAUUCAUGGUUAUAUGUUAUGAAACUGCCUAUGUUUUUCAACAACUGGGCAUCUUUUAAUUAAUUCACUACAACAUUUCGAAGGGUAUUUACAGAGAUUAAUGGUAAAAACUACACACCGUCACUUUAAGGCUAACACUAACAGGGAAGAAGGAACUUUUAUUCCUUUAAGUGUUGUGUUUUAUUUAUAACUUUCAGCAAAGUUUUACCGAACACUAAACAAGGACUACUAAUGGCUGGAAUUGUGAUUUUUAAGUUGUAUCCUUAAUUUGCUGUCAGAAAUAACUCCAGUCCAUCCAAGUCCGUCCUUUAAUAUGAACAUUCACCCAUUCGUCCCAUCCAAAUCCUUUUAUCGCUCACUCAUCUGUCCCUGUCAGCUAGUCCAGUAGAGACUUUCAAAACGGCCUCAUCAGAAAACCAUGUUGGUGGAUUAUGUUAUCUGUUGUGAAUUAAAUAGGUCAUGUGAGGCAGGUGGCUUUUUUGUUUGCCGUUGGGCUUUUGAGUGUCAAGUACUGUACAUGAUGUGCACCCAUGACUUUGUGUCGAUAUAUAAAAUUUAAUCAGCAAUGUGCCAAACUAUUAUAUACAAGAAGAGAUUUAUACCCUCUUAUGUCAGUCUGAGGCCAUUCCAUGACAUGUAUUUUUAAAUAACAGAUAUCUAUAGUGCAAUAGAUAUUCAUGUAACUAAUUCAUAUUGACAUGUGUUUCCCUGAACAUGUGCAGUGAAAAUUAAUAAAAUGAGUAUAAUGAA